UUCUAAAGUCACCCGGAAGUAAAAUCAGCAAAUUUGUCUAUUGUUGUUUGGUGUAAAUGACAUCGAAUCUCUAACAUUUUACCUCCAGGAAGUUUUUAAGAGGCGUUGAAAGCGUGGGACUGUUUACACUUUACAGUUCUCUAACAAUCUUCCUGUUGUUCUAAACGGCGCAUUAGGUUCAUCGACGUGUGUGUGAGAGACAGAUGAUGCAGCUGCAGUCUAUGGCGGAAGUGUGCAGUUUAAACUCAGAGGGUUUGUGGUGUGGGGACGAGGUUCAGCACUCAGAUCAGACUGAUCUAAAGAUCUGUGCAGUCAAACUGGUGGACAUCAGGAAAAUACAGACACUCGAUGGAAACACAAUGUCCGAAAAACUUCCUUCUGGAGCUCCAGGUGAAUCCACCAUGUUUGAUGGAGACCAAGAGACACUCCAAGCUCAGAUAAAGAUGAGUUCGGGGAGACUGAUGGAUUACAGAAAAGUAGAAGCUGAGGAUAAAUCCAGCAGGUUUGAUGGAGACCAGCAAACACUUCACGCUCAGUUAAAGAUGAGUUCAGUGAGGCUGGUGGAUUGUGGAAAAAUCCAAAGCAGUAAAUCAGCAGCUAAAAGUGAUCCAGAAGGUCAAAUCAGCAGGUUUGUUGGAGACCAGCAAAAACUGGAGGCUCAGUUAAAGGUGUGUUUGGUGAAGCUGGUGGAUUGCAGGAAGGCAGCAGUCGAAGGUGAGUCAGAAGACGAAUCCAGCUACAGAAAGUUCAUUUCGUCCGGCAAGUCCAACCAGUCUUCUGAUGAAGAGGAUGAAGAGCAAACGAUCAAAAGAAAGUCCCCCAGAAAACUAAAGUUUGGGAGGAGCUCGUAUGCGUUACAUCUUUCAGGCGAACAUAUUGUACUUUGUAAGGGACAAAGGGUGUUUCAGUGCAGCGGGUGCAGUGAGAGGUUCAGUAGUUCAUUAGACUUUAGAAGACAUCAAAACAUGCAUCCGGAGGAGAAGGCGUACCAGUGCACGCGCUGUGGAAAAGAUUUCUCACAGCGAUCACAAGUGCGAAGACACCAGAGGGUUCACGCUGGAGAGAAGCCUUAAGAGAGCAGAACAACGUUUCACUACCUAUAGUGCACACCAGAGUAAAGUAUCACAAGCGCUCUCGGUGUGAUGAGGCAAUUCUUCACCGUUCCGUCGAACAAAGAACGCACAGAGGACUGAAGCCUUGGCACUGUGAUCUCUGUGGAAAACAGGUUACACAAACAUCAUCUCUCAGUGCAGCUCAGACUCUGUCAUAGCAUCUCACAGUGUACAAACUGCUGCACACUGGCCAGAAGCCUUACAGCCACUUUAUCUACCAGCAAAGAAUUCAGAACAACCAGCCAGAGAAGAUUCCUG